AUGUAUUUAAAUAUAAAACAUGCCACUGGAGAUUUGAAACUCGAAGCUUCCUCUGUAGAAACCAGCUCAGAUGAUACCCGGUUCGACGAUGGCAGUAAUGGUUCUACUAGCAGAAGUGCAAGUAGUAGUAGUAUAAAUGGUGAAACCAACGAGACCACAGCCGAACAUUUACAAGAAAUCGGAAGUAGAGAAUGUGAGAAAUACCAGGAAUCAAAACUUCACUUGACAACAUCUACAAAAACAGCUUCUAAUCAGGAAGACAAAUCUGAUGGAGAUGAAUGUUUUGAGCCUCUCAAUUUAAAGGCUAAACAAGAAUAUUCAAGUGUUAUCAACACUGUGUGUUUAUCAUCAGAACCAAGUCCAGAAAGUGACACUGAAUCUGCAUCUGCUCCAUUGGACUUGUGCAUCAAAAAACAUGAAUCAAGUGCAGUGACCACUCAAAUAGAAGACACUUCUUUACGAAGUAACACAACUUUCUCACUGUCCUUUGGACACCACCCCUUGGUCAGUAGUCAGCCUGCUACUGCUGGAGUUUUGUUAAUGCCAGGAACUCGUAGGCGUGGAAGAAAGCCAAGGAAUUGGGUUGCUCAAGAUGGUCAGCUAAAGCAGCCACCAAAGAGCAGCAGUAUUAUUGUAUCUGCAUCCAAUCAGAAGAUGAGCUUUCAGUCAUCGACAUAUUCACCAAGCAAGAGUAGUAAGUCAGCAUCAUUAGACAUAGAGAAACUGAUGUCUUAUAUGCUUUCCCACAUUCCUCCCAGUAGAGGUCGUCCCCGGGGUAGACCUCGAGGUAGGGGCAGAGGUCGAGGAAGAGGACGACUACCAUUAGGCAACUAUCUACCUGUUAAUGGAGAUAGUAUUCCUAGAAACCAAAAACAUGAUAACCUGCCAAGUGGGAAUUUACCUGUUGUUG